GGAGCUUCAAGAAUCAAUCUGAUUUUCCUUGUGAUUGUCUGCAUCCCUCAUCCCUUAGAUGCCCCUAGGUUCCAUCUCUAUUUCUUUGUCUACCGUACAUUCACACUUGCGAAUGCCUUCCAUCUUGGUAGUGCUUUGGUCAUUGCUGAGCCCUGUAAGUAUCGGCCGUGUCUCUGAUAUCAAUUGCUUGAAAUCUAUUCAAGACUCACUGGAAGACCCAUAUGGUUACCUCAAUGCUACGUGGGACUUCAGCAACAAUACAGAGGGCUUCAUCUGCAGGUUUACAGGGGUUGAAUGCUGGCACUAUGAUGAGAACAAUGUGCUGAACAUUCUAUCAUCCAACAUGAGUCUGAAGGGCCAGUUUCCACGAGGAAUAAGAGAUUGCUAUUUCUUAACGGGGCUAGACCUUUCAAACAAUGAGCUUUCUGGACCAAUUCCAUCUGAUAUAUCAAGAAUCCUACCUUUUUUAACUACACUUAAACUCUCUUCCAACAAAUUCUCAGGUGAAAUCCCGAAGAGUUUAGCCAAUAUUACUUUUCUGAAUGUUCUUAAUCUUGACCACAAUCAACUAACAGGUCAUAUCCCAGCAGAAAUUGGCCUGCUUUCUCGAAUUAGGACCUUUACUGUUGCCGAUUAUCUAUCAUAUGGUCCAGUGCCUAAUUUUACACGUAAUAUUUCAAGUGAUAGCUUUGCUAAUAAUUCGGUACUUUGUGGCAGCCCUUUGGAUCCCUGCAAGAGUAUGUCAGAAAGUGAUUUGUUCAAAAAAGGUUUGGUUGUUGGCUAUGCAAUUUCACCUUUUUCAGUUAUCACUAUUUUUAUCUCCUGUUGUGUGCCAUGUGUGCCAUGGACACAAGAGAAGAAGAAGAGUAAAGUCCAAAUGCAAUUCCAGCUAAAUAAGAUACUGCGAAAGAAAAACAAAAGAAAGCGAGCUCAACAGAUGAAGGAAAUGCCAUAUGUGGAACUUCUACAUGAAGAAAGCCAAGAUAAAUCAGUGAAGCAACAAACAAUUUUAACAAAGAAAACAUCAUUGGAAUUGGACAGAAUUGAAGAACUAGGUAGAUUGAGGCAUAGGAACCUUGUGCCCCUCCCCGGAUUCUGCAUACACUCAAAGGAAAGGCUUCUGGUUUACAAAUACAUGUCAAAAGGUAGUCUUUAUGAUUGGCUACAUCAUAAAGAAGGUGAGGCAAGAAUCAUGGAGUGGCCCUUAAGGGUUAAAAUUGCAAUUAGAGUAGCAAGAGGCCUGGUUUGGCUCCAUCAAGAGUGCUAUUUUCAUGUUGUCCAUCUUGACAUUAGCUCCAAGUGUGUCUUACUUGAUGAGAACUUUGUUCCCAAGUUAUCGAACUUUGGAGAGGCAUUGCUUCUAAAAUCAUAUGGCACUGCUUCAACUGAAAGCUUCUAGGUUCAUAGUGAGUUUUGGGAAUCAAGCUUUGUUAAAGAGGAUGUCUAUUGCUUUGGAAUUUUGCUUCUUGAGCUGAUCACUAGAGAGGAUCCUAGAAGCAUGGCAACAUACUCAAACACUAGCAAUGAGAGACUCAACAAUUGGGUUACACAUCUCU